GGGGAGGGGGGGUGGGAAGCGGCGAGUAAGAUGGAAGAUGAGGAGGUCGCUGAGAGCUGGGAGGAGGCGGCCGACAGUGGGGAAAUAGACAGACGGUUGGAAAAAAAACUGAAGAUCACCCAAAAGGAGAGCUAAGUGAGGAGAUCGCAGCCCAGGGCUGGUCUCCAGUUGGGGAGUGGGCCACAGUCAUUCUCCAGAGAAGCUCUGUCGGGGAUGCUCAGCGCUGCCUCUUCUCUAGCUCUCCUGGCUUCCCACUUCCUUGAUCAGACUCCUGGCUCCAGCAGGAAAUCUACGUCUCCUCCCAAAGUGCCCAUCGUUAUUCAGGACGAUAGCCUUCCCUCAGGACCCCCUCCUCAAAUACGGAUCCUCAAAAGGCCCACAAGCAACGGGGUUGUCAGUAGCCCCAACUCUACCAGCAGGCCAGCCCUCCCUGUGAAGUCUUUGGCCCAGCGUGAGGCGGAAUACGCUGAGGCCCGGAAGCGGAUCCUAGGUAGUGCCAGCCCUGAGGAAGAGCAAGAGAAGCCCAUCCUUGACAGGCCAACCAGGAUCUCUCAGCCCGAAGACACCAGACAGCCCAAUAAUGUGAUCAGGCAGCCCCUGGGUCCUGAUGGUUCACAAGGCUUCAAGCAGCGCAGAUAAAUGUGGGAGCGAGAGGAUGCUGCCGCCGCUGCCCCCACCACCGCCAGGGUCGUCCGCCAUGGGUCGCACUGCCGUGGCGGACAGCUGGACUUGAGCAGAGGGAACGACCUGAUUUACUUGCACUGUGAUCCCCUUUGCUCCGCCCACUGUGACCUUGAACCCCGUGCACUGUGACCCCCGACCCCCUCCUCCCACUGUGAUUGGCACAUCGACAAGGGCUGUCCCAAGUCGCUGUAAAAGGAGAAGGUGGGGGCAUGAGGUGGGUUGGGGGGCCCACCGCAGACUCAGAGUGGAGAGUCAGAUGGUGCCACUUGGGGUGAAGCCAGUGCCAGCAAUAACAGUUUAUCAUGCUCAUUAAUUUGGGAUUUCAAAACACAAAUGGGAGCGCCCCCAAACGUGCAUGUCUUCAUCACUUAAAUAGCAAGUUCCAUUUGAAAGGAUUGUUUUCUUUUUUUUUCCUUUUCUUUUUUUUUUUUUUGUUUGUUUCAGAGUCUGAUUUGCCAGGAGAAGUGCAUGGGAGGGGUUUUAGCUGUUAAAUGAAUUUUCGUUUUAAUUGAGAAGGGUAGUUGAUAGUCUUCUAAGAUGUUUCAAUGAAUUUGCAGAAACAUUAACAGAUUGGAUUUUGGCAAGCUUAGCUUCUUGUUCUCUGUUCCUAUUGCUGCCCCCGGGAGGGCCCCCCCCCUCCCCUCCCUUCCCAGUCACCUAUCCUCAGCUGAGCCUCCUCUUGUAGAGGCCCUUCAGUGAGACCAGGCCAGAGAGCUGGGGCUGGCAGGAGGCACCGCUGGUAUUCAUGGAGGUGGUGAAAGCAGACAGGCUUGCCCUCCCUUUCUCCCCAGGCUGGUCUCCCCACCCUAGCAUUCACAUGGGCUAUUUCCAGCCAAGAGUUCAGGGUGAGGGAGGGAGAGAGACUUGUCAUACCCAGGUUUACAAGCAAGGAAAACUAGAUUUAUUCAGUAUUUUGAUUUCUUAUCCAAGGAAAACAUGGGAAUGAGUCUGGCUCCAAGGCCUCUGCUGAUAAACCAUCUGUGUACAGUGUUGUCAGAGGGUAGCUCGAUUUCCCAGCGACAGCAAGGUUUGAACUCAUAGGAGCCCGAGGCCCCACUAUCGCUCAGCUUAUGGUACCAGUCCAGAGCUGAACCUGGCACAUUUCCUUGUAGGAGUCAUUGCUUUGGGGACUAACCAUACCGAAUAACAUUGGGAAGAAGCCCCCGUUCAUGCAUUGGUUGGUGAUGACAGACUGGUUCCCUGUAGGUCAAAGCUACAGUGUUCACUCACCUCGCCUAGAUGCCCAGCCUUCCAAAGCAGGGGCCGGAGGAGGGUGUUUUACACCCCAUCUGAAUUCUGGAAAUUCAGCUUGGCCCCUUAGACCGGGGCAGAGGAAGUAGGUGUUGCCUAAAGUGGCUUCCUCCUGGGUACAUGUGUGUCCGUGCUGCCUGUACACUGGGGAGAUGUCUGCCUUUCUUCUCAGUCCCCAUCUACUCUCUUCUACUGCACUGAUUCUUCCUAUGACUUAGUAUCCAAUGCCCGCUUCUGAUUUUAACUGACAAGUUUCCAAGGGAUUGGGAAAUUGUUGCAUUUCACAGGUAGCAUGUGUUCACUGCCAAGCCAUAUUUAGACCCAGUGCGGCAGGUUGAAUUUGCUCGGGGGCCCCUGAGCCUUGCCUUGUUUCAGUGGUGGCAUGUGCGCUGUCUCUCCUGUCCUGUUUUAUCCUAUCCUGCCAUGGGGGUCAGGCCCAGCAGGGGGAAAGGGCUACAAUUAGGAGACAGCCUGCUGCUCUUUGCAGUCACUGCCUGCCCCAAAGUGAGGGUCUAAGUGGGUUGAUCCCGAGGAGGGAUGGUGCCACAGUGAGUGAAGGGGACAAAUGACUACCAUCGGCCCGUAAAACAGUGGCAUCAGAUCCCCUCUUUUCCCAGGGAAUUACCUCCAGGAGCGGCAGAGGAGAGGGGAGGCCUGCUCGCCUUAGUUCUGACCCACUCGCCUGAGUGCACGGUCUACACAACUCAAUGGCCCAAAAAGAUUGGGGGGCAGGGAACCCCCAAGGCUAACCCUGGCCUCAGAGGUCCCCGGCUACUUCUGCCCACACUUGCAUAUCUCAGGCCCAGGAGGGGGCUUCCUGCCCAGGGAAAUACCUUCCUGGGUCCUUUCUGCAGCGUUAAGGGCAUGAGUGGGGUGAGGUCCCCCCCUCCACCCCCAGGCCUGGAGCUUAUAACCCUCCUUUGCUGAGGUGUGAGACUCAGCCCUGUUCUGGGCCCCCAGCAGCUCCUGCACCAAGGCUUUGCCUUGAUUCCCCAGAGUGGGAAAGAUGAGAGAAGGAAAUAGGAAACUCUAUUAUGUGUGUGAGUUGUGGGGUUGGGUCAGGGAGAUGGGAGGAGGAGGGGUUGGGCUUUCUGUGGUUGUCCACAUCUUUCCUAAGUGCAUUUCCUUUGGUUCAGUUUUGUUCUGUUUUAUUUUUUUAUUUUUAAAGUGAGCUGUGGGCUUUGGCUUAGGAAAUCCGGGAUGGGGUGGAGGGCAGUAACCCGAGGCUGCUGUCCCUUUAGCUACCUGACCUCGGUGACAUCCUCUCCUCCAGCUCCUCUGACCCCAUGGGCCAGGCCCCUGACCUCCCGGCUUAACAGCUUCCAAUGAGCCACUUCUCCCACAUCAGCCUAGCUAACCAAAGGAGCUGGGGGUGCAGGGGUUGGUGAUCAGCCCCUCUCAGCCCAGUCAAUCAGGGUGCUCCCCACCUGCAGGCAGGAGGCAACACCCCAUAAGCCCAGCCCGCCCCUCCCUGGGGGAGCCUUCUUGUUGAGACUAGAUAGGUGGGGCCACACUUGGCCACCCCUGGCCCAGAGGCUUGAGAGACCUCUUGGAACCUUGUUUCUAGUUGUGUUUCCCCCCAGGGUGAGCCAAGGUCCCCUUGGGUGUGUUCAGGGGAGAAGAGUAGGGGAGGAAGGGAGAGAUGCCAUAUAUCCUGCAGUUCUGCCCUGCUGGAGUAGCUGGGCAGCUCCCUGAACUCCCACCCCUCUCCGCGGGUCCCCAAGUCAGCAGAUUAAGCAUUUUAUAAAUUGUAUUUUAAAUAAAUGUUUUAAACUUGUCAGA